UGCCACACACAACCUGAGGGACAUUUAGAAAAAUGAAGAGGCUCGUGGGCUUAUUCGCACUGUUUCUCCUCGCUAAGGCUGAAAGAGAAGAUCUUUCAGGUAAAAUGUUCACAUUCCCCGUGGAGUCCAAAACUCAUCAUGUGGUUCUCAAUCCUGAGAUGAAUAAGAUCUUCACCACUGUCACCGUGUGUCUGCGUGUCUUCUCAGACAUCUCCAGGGCUCAGAGCCUUUUCUCACUUGCUCUGCCAUCAACAGCCAAUGCGUUUCUAUUUUUCAGGGAAAAGCAAGGACAUUAUAUCUUACACAUCUUAGAUGGCACUGCCCAUUUUUGGGGCUUGAAGGAUGAAUAUAAUGUCUGGAAGUCAAUGUGUGCUACCUGGGACGCUAACACAGGACUCGCUCAGAUCUGGGUCAAUGGAAUCCCGAGUUCACGAAAAGGACUCAAGCAAGGAGGCUCUUUAACUGGAAUUCCAAAAAUCAUUCUGGGUCAAGAGCAAGACAGUUACGGUGGACGUUUUGAUGCGGCGCAGUCAUUUGUUGGGAUGCUGACUGACGUGCACAUGUGGGACUCUGUUCUGUCUCCUGAUCAGAUUGUGUAUUAUUCAUAUGGUGGGCAGUUUAAGCCAGGCAACGUUAUCAACUGGAACUCACUAAAAUUUAGUACAAGUGGGUAUGUAGUCGUUGAAAGUAAGGAAACUUCACAUGGAGCUAGUAGUGUGUAGACUCCAGAAUAAAUACAGAAUAGACUUAAUAUAUAAUCUGUUGUCUCUUAAUCAGCCUUACUGUAAUUUCUAAAAC